AUGAAGGAGAUAGUGACUAUCGAGUCAAAGAUACUUGCGGUGUCGUUUUCGCACUUUGGCAGCAUAUAUUUCGCGAACGAUAUAGUGGAAGGUGCAGUUCCAGCCCUGCUCACCAACGGAGCUCCCUCCGAGCUCAAAGAGCGAGUAUACCAGAAAUUCAGUAUUGGGCCUACCGUCGCCGAAACCUUUGGAAGAAGGAACGCUCGUCGAUGCAGAUCUCGAGGGAUCCUUCUGUUGGAGAAGUAUCUUAAAGUGGCUCCUGCUAUGAUGGACAUUGACCCUAUUCUCACUCGCCCUACAUUGUGGCACGGAGACCUUCAUUCAUCUAAUCUCUUUGUGGAUGAUGGCCAUACAACGGCUACCAUUGAUUGGCAAGGCUUCAUUUUACUUCAACGCCCAGACAAUUUUGACGAUCUAGGCCCUGAGCAGCAAGCUGAAAUCAAGCAGCAAAUAUUCAAAUCGACGCUAUAUCAGCUAUAUCUGCUGGAGACCAAAGAGCGCAACCCCCUUCUUGCCAAAGCGUUCCAUCUAGACCAUGGGAAGACAAGGCGUCUUCCGGUCGAAUUGGCCGGAAAUACAUGGAAUAACGGCAUAGUCUCUUUUCGUCAGGCACUUAUUAACGUUGAAAGAUAUUGGCAAGAACUUGGCAUCCAUGGCGAGUGUCCAUAUCACUUCACGCAGGAUGAACUACAUAUCCAUGCCGAGGGCUGGAAUGAGGUCCAGGAUUUCUUUAACAGUAUCGAAGGUCUUGUGAAACGAGAUGGCUGGACAAAUCCUGAUAAGUUCGACGCUGCCUUUAACUUCUUUUCGGAACUUCGAGAACGGGGCCUGACGCUUAUGAAAGGGGAAGAAAAGAGAGCUUUCAACCGACAGACUCGUUGGGCCAGAAAAUAG